CCUCUCUCUGGGAAAACGCGGUGCUCGCUCCUGGAGUGGUCUUGGAGGGGUGCUGGAGCCUUCCGUCUGCCCAGUCUGGUCUCUGGGGCCAGGGCUGGGUUUCCCUCAUGUAUGGCAAGAACCCUACGCGUGUGGUGCUGCUUCUCCUUGGCACACAGCUCACAGCUCUUUGGCCUAUAGCAGCUGUGGAAAUUUACACCUCCCGGGUGCUGGAGGCUGUUAAUGGGACAGAUGCUCGGUUAAAAUGCACUUUCUCCAGCUUUGCCCCUGUGGGUGAUGCUCUAACAGUGACCUGGAAUUUCCGUCCUCUAGAUGGGGGACCAGAGCAGUUUGUAUUCUACUACCACCUGGAUCCCUUCAAACCCAUGAGUGGGCGAUUCAAAGACCGGGUGGUCUGGGAUGGGAACCCUGAGCGGUAUGAUGUCUCCAUCAUCCUCUGGAAGUUGCAGUUUGAUGACAAUGGGACAUACACCUGUCAGGUGAAGAACCCACCUGAUGUUGAUGGGCUGAUAGGGGAGAUCCGGCUCAGCGUCGUGCAAACUGUACGCUUCUCUGAGAUCUACUUCCUGGCUCUGGCCAUUGGCUCUGCCUGUGCCCUGAUGGUCAUCAUAGUAAUUGUGGUGGUCCUCUUCCAGCAUUUCCGGAAAAAGCGAAGGGCUGAGAGAGCUGAUAAAGUGGUGGAGAUAAAAUCAAAAGAAGAGGAAAGGCUCAAUCAAGAAAAAAAGGUCUCUAUUUAUUUAGAAGACUAACAUUCCUACAUGGAAGCUGAAGAUUUCCAAGAACAAGAACCUUAGUAUUCCUUGAGUAAAUGGAAACUUUUCUUUGGCUUUUCCGGUUGUGACCUGUCUUCCAACCAGUUCUGCAGCACGUACCCACCUAGAUAAGCAGUAUCCCUCUGGAGCCAGCAUAGGGCUCUUCUCCGGCAGAUACCACCACUCACACAUAACCUCAUUACUGAGGUUUUAUUUAAUUUCAGAGUGCAAAUAUUUUUCAGAUACUCAUUAGCUUUUAUAAGAAGUUACAUUUUGCCCUUAAACUCUCCUUCUGGAUUAUGACUUGUAUACACAUAUGUGGGUACUUCAAAAAAUUGAUGGAAAGAUUCAUGUUAUAUUCUAGUUCUAUUUUUCCAUGAAAAAUACUUGUAUACUGGCAUCAAAGGAGAUAAAGCCAACUUGUCUGUCAUGACAUUUCCUUUCACAUAAUUAGUUUCUUUAGAGCAGCUCUUGCAACUAAAGUUAAUGUGUUUACUCUUUCCUUGUCAUAGUCAAAAGCUGAGCUAAGUCUCCAGCUGUUUUUAAUUGACUAACAGUAAAUCCUAAAUUCAAACUGUUAAACAAGUUUGAUUUUUAUGGCUCUCUAAAGUAUGGGACACACCUUGUUUUACUGAGUUUCUUUCAGUAUCCCAGGUGAUAGGGGUUAGAUCCAAGGUUUACAAUAGCACAAGUCUAAAUCAAACAAACUACAAAAGGGUACAUAAAUACUAAUAGAUUGACAAAUGCCACCUCAGGAUGAAUCAGUUAUCACCUUUUUUCUAUGCUGUGAAAAAUAAUCAACCGUGUAGGUCUUUCACGAGCACUGAUAAGACUAUUUAGCUUACUGUUUUCCUCCCAAUUCAAUGAUCUGUAACAACAGAGCAAACUCUAUACUCAUUUGCAGACGAAUCAUUAAGCAGUGUAACAGAGGGAUUCUGAAAAAGUACAUUACAACUUUGAAAAUGUACGUCUGGUGAAAAAUAUCAACCCUAAAUUAUAAUAAUUUUGCACAGUAUUAUACAAAGGUCUGAGAACUGGAAGAGAUUUACAUUUUUUCUUUUUCUUUAUUUUCUUAGUUGUAAUUUAUUGCUUAUUUUGGGGAGGGAGGAUUUGGUACGGAGCAAAGAAAUACCAAAACUAUUUUAACUGAAUGAAACACACUUUAUUCUUUUUUCCCUUAUAUUGACAGAUAAAGCAAACUUUAUAAGUGGGCUAUAAAAAAAGUGUCUAGUUUCCCAGUGUCUUUCCAAAAGUAAGCUACAGGAGCAUUUGUUCAAAGAAUAGAAAACAUCUAAAAGUUUAGGCCCAAGAUUAAUCUUUACGGCCUGAUAUUUUCAGUUUUCAUUGACUGAGCUGCAGAUAUUAUUUUUUAGCAAACUGAAAAUUUCAAAUAGACUGUUUGUAUUAAAAGAUGC